AUGCCAGAAGUCGUCAAGGAGAAGAUGCCCCACCUCCACCGGGGCCAGAGACAUCAAGUGCAGGUGCUACGGAGGCAGCAUUUACUACAAACCAAAGCAAAGUUAAUAUUGACCAAAUUAACCGAGGAGCUCAAGGAACUUCAAAUUGAUCUCAACUCGAUGCAUUUAGCAUUCAGCGAGCGCUGGCCAGUGUUCUGGAACACUCUUGAGUAA